AUGAGUGGAUUUGAUUCUUCGGUCAUACUUCCAUUUUUGAGCCUGAUUCUCAUUUUUAUUUUAAAUAUUAAAAUCUUUGUGACUAAAGCUUCCAAGCAACAUUUUCCUCCAGGACCCAGACCUUUGCCCGUUAUCGGAAAUCUGCACAUUCUCAAUCUGAAGAGGCCGUAUCAAACCAUGCUGGAGCUCUCCCAGAAAUAUGGCUCCAUUUACAGCAUCCAAAUGGGACCAAAGAAGGUGGUAGUGCUUUCUGGAUACGAGACAGUGAAAGAUGCCCUCGUCAAUUAUGGUGAUCAAUUUGGGGAACGAUCUCAAGUGCCUAUAUUUGAAAGGCUUUUCGAAGGAAAAGGUAAGGGAAUUGCUUUCUCUCACGGUGAAGCUUGGAAAACUAUGAGAAGAUUCAGUUUGACUACCUUACGGAACUUUGGAAUGGGCAAGCGGAUCAUUGAAGACACAAUUAUAGAGGAAUGCCAGCAUCUCCUUUUCAACAUGUUUCCUGUCUUGGGGUUCCUCCUAAAAAGUCAUAAGACAGUACUCAGGAAUAGAGACGAAUUAUUUUCUUUUAUAAGGAUGACUUUCCUAGAUCACCGUCAUAAACUUGACAAAAAUGAUCUCAGAAGUUUCAUUGACGCCUUUUUGGUCAGGCAGGAGGAGGAGAAAUAUACAUCUACUGACUAUUUCAGUGAUGACAAUUUGGUGGCACUUGUCAGUAAUCUGUUUGUGGCAGGUACAGAGACCACGGCCUCCACACUGCGCUGGGGGCUUCUGCUCAUGAUGCGCUAUCCUGAGGUCCAGAAAAAGGUCGGUGAUGAGAUCACCAAGGUUGUGGGCUCGGCUCAGCCUCGAAUCGCACACCGAACUCAAAUGCCGUACACAGAUGCUGUCAUUCAUGAAGUACAGAGAUUUGCUAAUAUCCUGCCCACAGGCUUACCCCAUGCAACCACCACAAAUACUACAUUUAAAAAUUAUUAUAUUCCAAAGGGCACUGAGGUCAUCACUUUGCUGACCUCUGUUCUUCAGGAUCAAACACAGUGGGAAAAACCAGACAUAUUUAAUCCUGAGCAUUUCCUCAGCUCGACUGGAAAGUUUAUCAAGAAAGCAGCUUUCAUGCCCUUUUCAGUAGGUCCCCGGAUGUGUGCUGGUGAGUCAUUGGCCAAGAUGGAGCUUUUCCUAUUCUUCACCAGCCUUAUGCAGAAGUUUACCUUCCAGCCACCCCCUGAAGUCUCCCAUCUGGACCUGGACCUCACUCCGGACACUGGCUUCACUGCUCAACCAAGGCCUCACAAGAUACGUGCUCUGCUCCGGGCCUAG